AAGUCGGGGAACAGUUUUGAUCACGACCAAGUCUCGUUAUUCCACGCGAGACUCACAUCGGUCUCUUUUCGUGUUUGGCAGCCGACAUGCCCAAAGCCAAGAAAGCUCCGCGGGGAAAGAAGGUGGCUCCAGCCCCCUACGCCGCCCGCCAGGCACCCCCCAAGAAGGUUGUCAACCCCCUCUUUGAGAAGCGACCCAAGAACUUCGGCAUCGGCCAAGACAUCCAGCCUAAGCGUGACUUGUCCCGCUUUGUCAAGUGGCCCAAGUAUGUCCGCCUGCAGCGCCAGCGUGCCAUCCUCUACAAGCGACUCAAGGUCCCCCCCUCCAUCAACCAGUUCACUCAGACCCUGGACCGCCAGACAGCCACCCAGCUGUUCCGCCUGAUGAACAAAUACCGGCCGGAGACCAAGCAGGAGAAGAAGCAGCGGCUGCGUGCCCGGGCCGAGCAGCGGGCCAAGGGCAAGGAGGACACGCCCACCCGCCGCCCCAACAUCGUCCGGUCGGGGAUCAACACUGUCACCUCGCUGGUGGAGUCCAAGAAGGCCCAGCUGGUCAUCAUCGCCCACGAUGUCGACCCCAUCGAGAUCGUGUUGUUCCUACCCGCGCUGUGCCGCAAGAUGGAAGUUCCUUACUGCAUCGUCAAGGGCAAGGCUCGUCUCGGCGCAGUCGUCCACCGCAAGACGGCAACGUGCUUGGCCUUCAGCCAGGUCAACAGUGAGGACAAGGGCUCCCUGGCCAAGGUCAUUGAAGCCGUCAAGACCAACUACAAUGACAGAUUUGAAGAGAUCCGUCGUCACUGGGGCGGUGGUCAGCUGGGCAGCAAGAGCCAAGACAAAGUCCGCAAGCUGGAGAAGGUCAAGGCCAAAGAGCUGGCCAGCCGCUCCUAGACUCCAGAUCUGUCGCUCCUGAAGAGAAAAAACCAACACUCUUUGCUGACGUGAUCAUCCGACAUCCUCCUCUCCCACAGAGCAGUGGCAAUCGAGGCUCGAGUUUUGCCCGACCACUGGCAACUUCAAGAUGGAGAUCAGAAAGUCGGAGAAACUCCAAAUCUGAACGUUUUUGGAAUAUCGGGGGACUCUGCUUACUUGUAAAAAAAGUGCGAGACAAAAUAAAUCAUCCCUAACAAAGAAAACACCGA